AUGUCAGAAGAAGAAAUUCCUGGCGAUGCCACGAUAUUAUGGUGUGAGUGUGAUUAUGGUGUGAGUGUAAGAUUAUGGUGUGAGUGUGAUUAUGGUGUGAGUGUAAGAUUAUGGUGUGAGUGUGAUUAUGGUGUGAGUGUAAGAUUAUGGUGUGGAGGUGUGAUUGGUGUGAGUGUAAGAUUAUGGUGUGAGUGUGAUUAUGGAGACAUGAGGGGCACGAGGAUGGUUCUGACGCUGAUAAUAUGUAGCAUAAUAUGUGUGGCGGGACUGACAAACUCACAGGAACACCUGGCACAUGACACUACACUGGUGGAGCUCAACUCAGCCAACUUGUCGCAGGUAGAGAGGAUGACACCCGGUGUCAGGAACCAGCUGGUGUCACUUGCUGAGAAUAAGUGUCAUGAGCAGCCUCCAGCAUCGACAAGCAAACAUGCAGCUUCACAACAUUCAUGUACAUCACCCGCGAGCACUGACCUCGUGCACAAGCGGCCGUCAGCCAAGUUAGAGAGCGACACAUCUCCCGUAACUGUUAGAGACAAGAUUAAAAACAUCAACAAGGUUUUAUUCGAUCGUUAUGAGAAGGAAGAGACGUCAGCUGACAUGUUAGAUGCAGCAUCACUGAGCAGGAUGCUGGUGGCUGUAGUUGAGGAGGAGAUGGAGGAGUGUAAUGUGGUGGUGGCUUAUGAUGCUGCCUACAGUCAUCCAGCUGUACUGCACCGCCUGCUGCUGCUGCCUAAUGCACGACAGGUGGUGAAGGUGAACAAGACACAGGACCUGCUGGAGAUAGUGUGGGUGUCGUCAGGGUGUAGCGGCUACGUCUUCCUCCUGCAGCAGCUCGACCCGCUCCUCACCUUCGUCAACACUCACCCCAACUCCUGGGACUACCACGGCAGAUACCUGUUUGUGGUGCCCUCCAGGGACGACCUGGAGUCUCUGGCGUUAUCUGAGAAAGGCAAGAAGACUGAGCACAUAGCUGGAGCAACAGAGUCUGGUGCCGAGGGAGAGUGGGGGGUGUACAUGAACCAGCUGUACUGGAGUCAAGGAGUAAAGCGCGUCACCACCUGGCGGGGACACAGGUUCACCUCCCAAGUGAAUCUCUUCCCUGAUAAAUUACGGGAUCUACAGGGAGCCGUGCUCAAGGCAGUGACAUUUGAGUGGAAGCCAAGUGUGUUCUACCAGCGGGCGAAGAACGGCACUGUGCUCCUCCGCUACGGUAUAGACAUCGGUGUGGUGAAGACCUUGGCCCAGGUGCUUAACUUCACCAUUCAGUUUGAGGAACCUCCUGAAGGGGAACUUUGGGGUAGAGAAGAAAAUGGAACUUGGUCAGGAAUGAUGGGGAAGCUGUCGAGGAACGAGGUGGACCUGGGCAUGGUGGACCUCUACAUGACCAUAAUCCGCGUCGGUAUCCUCGACUACAGUGCGUCUUACGACUCCGAGCUGAGCUGCUUCAUGGCGCGGACGGAACCGCCUCUCCCACGCUGGCAGGCCCUGGCUUACCCCUUCCAGGGCAUCACCUGGCUCGCUAUCUUAAUUGGUCUCAUCAUCUCUGGACCCGUCCUCUACCUCUUGGCGCGGGGCAGCGCCGUCUGCGGGGAGGAGAUGAAGAGCCUUCAGUCUCUUAGCUUCAGCUGUUACUACGCUCUGGGUCUUCACUGCUGUGAGGCUCAGGUCACGCUGCCACAGAUGAAGAGCACGAGGGUGUUCAUCAUCUUCCUGUGGCUCUACACCAUCACUAUCACUAUAGCUUACUCCACCAACCUCACCGCCUUCCUCAUGGUCACUAAGCCUCCCUCCAUCAUGGAAACCAUCAAGGAGUUACACGCCUCCGGGCUGGAGGUGUCAGGCGUCGGCAAAUUCUACGGGGACGCUCUUGCCUCCGCCAGCGAUCCCUACCUCCAGAGCCUGAAGGACAGGUUCCAGGACUAUAGCACAGCCGAGGACAUCUUCUCCGGCGUGUUGGAGGGGAAGGCCGUUAUGCUCCAGAACCGACCCUACCUCGAGUUUGUGGCGGCUACCAAGUUUCCCAGUCGUGGGGCGUCGAGGAUGAGACUCAUGAAGGAAUGCUUCGCCCCGUUCAGCAUCGCCUUGGGUCUACAGCGUCACUCACCCCUUAAGAGGAAGUUUGAUCAAGUCAUUAGCUGGAUGCUCAACGCCGGACUCAUCAGGCACUUCUUCCUCACCUCCCUCAGACUCUCAGCUCAGACCUCGGGACAGAAGGAGAGUGAGGGCGGUGUGGUCGUCGCCGGGGAAACACAAGACAGAGGUGUACGAGGAGGAGCGAGGGGCGGCGGUGUCCCACUCAGCUUAGACCACCUGCAGGGCAUCUUCUUCGUCAUCGUCAUGGGCUGGAUAGCUACUGUCCUCAUCUUCCUAGUGGAGAUCACCCUCAAGGAGAGAGAGUCUUCACGAGAUCACCUUUAAAUUUAUACUGUCUGUGUUGAGUUACAGGUACCUUACUAUAUUGGUGUUUAGAUGAAGAAAAUCUGAUAUGACAAGACCUUUUCGUUAAAACUGUUUGUACACAUUCGUAAAUGGUUACACAGACAGGCAGACGGAAAGAAAAACACAUGCACAAACUAGAUUGCCUGGAUUAAUGGAUCUUCUUGUAGAUUGUCAGAAAUUGCAGUAUAGACGUUCUGCGCCCCUUUGGCUGCCUCUUGUCACGUCUCCUUCAUGACUGACGACGCCCCAACACUAAACGCAGAGGGUGACACCAGGAAUGUUUUUUGUAUGCUCACUUUGAAAGAUUACUAGCCUCCAUCCUUGUUGGAUACGAACAUCUAAAUAUGUUGAUGGGAACAUUGUAAUAUUGUGAUGCUAACAUACCCAAACUAGCUCAGGUCAUCCUUUUUGUAGCUCAGACUUCACAGCUUUUUACACAGUUAAUGGUCACAAGCCUCAACAACUCUUUUACAACCAUUACAUCAUACAACAUGUGGUUUUAAGAGUAUCAGUCAGUUUUUGGAACUGAGUUAUCAUAUAAUUUCAGUAAGUAUUGAUGGUUCAGUCACCCUGGCUAAAACAUGUACUGUAUUGGUAUCUCUUAUUAUCUUACAGCAGCAAUUAUUCUAGACUUGAAUAUAUUUGACUGACUGAGUGCGUGUGUAUGUGUGUGUGUGAUUAAGAUAUAAUGAAGAUAGGUGAGUUAUUUCUUGACUGGGUCCCAAUACCAUUAACAAACACAAAGGUUAGUGGUUCGCUCAUGUUAAUAAAGUUUGAGUAAGAAAAAAGAUCAUCUGUACCAUUAAUGUGGUAAUACUGCAACACUGAAAGGUGGAAACAACAAGUG